AAUCUGCUACUUCCAACGUUGUUCCUUUUUUUUUUUUUUUUUUUUUCCUCUUAUGGGUUUUGCAUCUGCCUCACUGCUAAACUAUGAUGGUUGAAUUUUGAGUAGGUAGUAGACAGACAUGUAUAUGUUUCUUGAAUUUGUGCCUUCACAAAACAAAACGAUUGCAUCUUUUUAUUUUGCUUAUAUAGUCACUUUGACUUAUAAGGACUCAUUUGGUAUGAGCGAUAAGUGAUAGCAUUUUUGGGAAAUGGCGAGCUUGAUAUCACAGAAUAUUACUCAUUCAAUCAUCAGGGAUGAAAAGUCUAAAAGGAAGACUAAAGGUGAAGGGAAGGAAGAAAGUGAGAAAAAAAUUAAUAGGAAGAGAAAGAAAGAGCAUAAUGAAGAGAAUGGAGAACUAGAAAUCGAGGAUAAGAGGAAAAUGGAGAAGCUUGAGAACAAAUUGUUUGGAUCGUUGUACAACCCUGUUGGUUUCGGGAAGGAAGAUGAAGAUGAAGAUGAAAAGCGAGAUGAUGGCGAAAAUGAUUCUGCAAUGUUCUUUGUGGACCGUUUUGCUGAUAGUGCAUUGUCUGUUUAUGAGGGAGAUGCACAGCUGGUGCAAGAAGGUAUCGUAAAAGUGGAGAAGGUGCGGAAACCUGUGUGGGUCGAUGAAGAAGAAGAGAAGACUAGUAUAAAUAUAGCAAGUGUGAACAGAUUGAGGAAGCUGAGGAAAGAAGAGGGCGAGGAUGUGAUAUCUGGUUCUACGUACGUGGAAAGACUAAGGGCUCAAUAUGCUAAACUCAAUCCAGGCACUGAAUGGGCCAAAAUCGAUUUUCAAGUAAGAAGCUACAGUUCUGACGAUGAAGAUUCUGACGAGGAAGGUAAAGAUGGUUCCAAGGAUGUCAAGUUGGUGGAUGAUAUUCUUCAAUCAAACGAAGAUCUUGUUGUCAAAAGUCGCACGAAAUUGUUGCCGGGGCUUCUUGAAUAUUCAAGAUUGGUUGAUGCUAAUGCAGUUGAUCCUUCAAAUGCACCGAUAAAUUCUGUUCAGUUCCACAGGAAUUCUCAGUUGCUUCUUGUUGGUGGAUUGGAUAAAAAACUCAGAUUUUUCCAGAUUGACGGGAAAAGAAAUACGAAGAUCCAAAGCAUCUUUCUUGAAGACUUUCCAAUUAAAAAGGCAUCUUUCUUACCCAAUGGGUCUCAAGUUAUUAUAUCAGGAAGAAGAAAGUUCUUCCAUGUCUUAGACUUGGUCAAAGCAAGUGUAGAUAAAGUAGGUCCUCUAGUCGGCAGGGAAGAAAAGAGCCUGGAAAGUUUUGAGGUUUCUCCUGAUUCAAAUACAAUUGCUUUUCUUGGUAACGAAGGAUAUAUUUUGCUAGUUUCCUCCAAAACAAAGGAGCUAAUUGGGACACUAAAAAUGAAUGGAACUGUUCGCUCAGUGGCAUUCACUGAUGACGGACGACAAUUACUGAGCUCUGGCGGAGAUGGCCAGAUUUACCAUUGGGAUUUGAGAACAAGGACAUGCAUUCAUAAAGGUGUUGAUGAAGGGUCCAUAAAUGGUACAGCUCUUUGCACUUCACCAAAUGGAAGUUUGUUUGCUUCUGGUUCAGACAGUGGGAUCGUAAAUAUUUAUAACAGACAAGAGUUUUUAGGGGGAAAGAGAAAACCAAUCAAGGCAAUUGAGAAUCUAACCACGAAAGUGGAUUUUAUGAAAUUUAAUCACGAUUCUCAAAUAUUAGCCAUCAGUUCUAGCAUGAAGAAAAACAGCUCAAAGCUAAUUCACAUUCCAUCAUUUACAGUUUUCUCAAACUGGCCCACUCCAAAUCGGAACGUGCACUAUCCCCGCUGCUUGGAUUUUAGUCCUCACGGAGGAUUCAUGGCUCUGGGAAAUGCUGAAGGAAAAGUGUUACUGUACAAGUUGCAUCAUUACCAUGAUGCGUAGUUAGUUUGGAUACUGUUGGCACUAUGAGCCACAAAUGUUUUUGUUAGCAUAAUGUGAGUUCAAAGGCAUGCUUUAUUUUUUUUCUCUUUCAGCUUUCUGAUUUAACUGUAUUUUCCGAUGUAUGGGAAGAUUCUAUCUAUGAUUUGGUUAAUUUUGGUAAA